GUAUUAUUGUCUCUCCAUAACCUUCCAAAUCACUCGCACAUGACACGCCUCCUCAAGCCUCUAUAUACGGCCAAUGUUUUUUCUUUUUCUGGUAACGUGGAAUCCAAUUAAUUGUCCACCAAAUAAUUUAUUAGUAUUUGCAUACACUGCAUUAAAACUUAAACUCACGAUCUUGCGCUAAGAGUUAGUUUAGUCAAGGUCACAUCGCAACUAACGACGACAUGUAUAUACAGCCACAUUUCUCUUUACCAUCAACUUCAUUUUCUUCUCUUAGUCGUCUCGCUCCCAUGGUUCCUCUCCAUCCACCAUGCCCUAUCAGUCCAUCCUCCACUCCUUCCUCUCCAGGUGGACUGGACUUGUUCGGCAUCAGAGCUCCGGCGGUGAAAACGGCGAUGAGAACCCAAUUUCGAACACCAUCGAGUGCUACGCGUGCACUCAAGUGGGUGUCCCGGCGUUCCACUCAACCAGCUGCGACCGUGCACAUCAGCCGGAAUGGGAGGCAUCGGCGGGGUCGUCCCUAGUCCCACACCACCCAAGAAAGACCACAGCCCCGACACCUUCCGGCAGUCCAUCGGGACCAUUCGGCACCGUUUUGGACCCGCGUAGCAAGCGCGUGCAGAAGUGGAACCGCGUGUUCCUUCUCGCACGUGGCAUGUCGCUGGCCGUCGAUUCUCUCUUCUUCUACACGUUAUCAAUAGGUAGGAGCGGGUCGCCGUGCUUGUACAUGGACGGUGGACUGGCUGCCAUCGUGACCGUACUCCGCACGUGCGUGGAUGCGGUGCACUUGUUAUACUUGUGGUUGCAGUUCCGGCUGGCGUACGUGUCGAGGGAGACUCUGGUUGUUGGGUGUGGGAAACUCGUGUGGGACGCACGUGCCAUCGCCUCUCACUACGUCGGUUCACUCAAGGGGUUCUGGUUUGACGCUUUCGUCAUACUCCCUGUUCCUCAGGCUGUGUUUUGGUUAGUUGUGCCAAGAUUGAUAAGAGAAGAACAGAUUAAGCUGAUAAUGACAAUACUCCUAUUGAUCUUCUUAUUCCAAUUCCUCCCGAAAGUCUACCACAGUAUAUACUUGAUGAGAAGAAUGCAGAAGGUCACAGGCUACAUCUUUGGCACCAUCUGGUGGGGUUUUGGCCUCAACCUUAUUGCCUACUUGAUUGCCUCUCAUGUUGCUGGAGGUUGCUGGUAUGUCCUUGCCAUACAACGUGUUGCUUCGUGCCUCAGGCAGCGGUGCAACAGAAGAGGAAAUUGCAAUCUCAUGUUGGCUUGCUCAAAAGAAGUUUGUUAUAAGUUUCUAUUUCCAGAAGACUCCAUUGGAAAUCCAUGUGGUGACAACUCAACAACAAUGGCGAGGACGCCAUUGUGCUUAGAUGGCGAUGGGCCUUUUAAAUACGGGAUAUACAAGUGGGCUCUUCCGGUUGUUUCCAGCAAUUCUUUGGCCGUCAAGAUCAUAUAUCCUAUCUUUUGGGGUUUAAUGACCCUCAGCACCUUUGGCAAUGAUCUUGAGCCAACAAGUAACUGGCUAGAACUGAUAUUCAGUAUCUGCACUGUGCUCUGUGGUUUGUUACUUUUUACUUUGUUGAUCGGCAAUAUUCAGGUCUUUUUGCACGCCAUCAUGACGAGGAAAAGGAAAAUGCAGCUCAAAUGUCGAGACAUGGAAUGGUGGAUGAGGCGGAGACAGUUGCCAUCACGCUUGAUACGCAGAGUUCGCCAGUAUGAACGACAAAGAUGGGCAACCAUGGGAGGAGAGGAUGAGAUGGAAUUGAUCAAAGACUUGCCCGAAGGCCUUCGAAGGGACAUUAAACGCCAUCUUUGCCUAGAACUCAUAAAAAAGGUACCUCUGUUCCAUAACCUGGAUGAUCUUAUUCUUGACAACAUAUGUGAUCGCGUUAAGCCUCUUGUGUUCUCCAAAGAUGAGAAGAUUAUCAGAGAAGGAGAUCCUGUGCCGAGGAUGCUAUUCAUAGUCCGAGGACGGAUAAAGAGAAUGCAAAGCCUUAGCAAGGGGGUGAUAGGCACAAGCUUGCUUGAACCUGGAGGCUUUCUGGGUGAUGAGCUUCUGUCCUGGUGCCUACGUCGGCCAUUCAUGGAUCGGCUUCCGGCCUCAUCUGCAACAUUUGUUUGUACAGAAGCAGGAGAAGCAUUCGGUCUUGAUGCCAAACAUCUCAAGUACAUCACAGACCAUUUCCGCUACAAAUUCGCCAACGAGAGGCUCAAGCGAACAGCUAGAUAUUACUCGUCGAAUUGGCGAACAUGGGGUGCUGUGAACAUCCAACUUUCCUGGCGACGUUACAGGAUGAGAACUCGAGGUACGGUGAUUACUGUAAGAGAAAAUGGAAGCAGUGAGCGGAGGCUGUUGCAGUAUGCUGCCAUGUUCAUGUCAAUAAGGCCACAUGACCACCUUGAGUAAGGGGAAAUUUUUCAAAAAAAUUGUAAAUUUGCUUUCAGUUCAACCCUCAUUGAAUAAAUUUUGUUUCUGUUAAAACAUGGAAUUCUGUCGAUUGAAUCGUAUUAGAAGUAACCCAUUUGAAAAAUGGGUUUAACUCAA